ACACAUUCUUAUUUUGAGUUUCAUCCAAAGGGAGAUAUUGAGAUGUCUGCAGAAAACGAUUCCAACAGGAGUACUUUGGAAGAAGCUGAAGAGAAAUUGAAGAGUGCAGUUCAUACUGGAACGGAGAAAGUGACCCAGGUUUUGAGCGACGUCAAAGAAACUGUCAGUGAAAAAUAUAAGGAGUGGACAGCACCCAAAAGCAAACAGGAAGAAGCCCAAGACAAGGCACAGGAGGCGAAGGAAGAAAUAAGGAAAGCAGGGUCUGCAAUCAAAGAGAGUAUGAGCGCAGCAUCAGAAGCGAUAUCGGAGAAAGCCGAAAAGAUCAAGGAAGAAGUGAAGGAGUGACCGCCCUAACUCGUUCUUUUACUUUUUAAUGUUGAGAUACUUUAGUGGUUUUGAGGUUUGCAAGAAAUAAAAUAGCAUAUUUGAAAGUUUUUAUCUGUUGAAUAGACCGAAUAGUAAAGGGCGCGUUUUCUAAUUUCCAGGCAAUAACGUUGCUCCAGUUCUGUAGCGGGUUAUUCCGUACUCUUGUUGAAGGCCCUCCACCCUGCAAGAACCAGAAAGAGCUCGUAAAUAAUACUUGGGAGUAUUUUUACAUAGGAAACUAUAUGAACAGCUCAUUUACUCUCAAAAACUCUGUAUCAAGUACUAUUUUUUACUCUUUAAUCUUCAUAGAAGGGACUAAUAGCAUCUAGAAUGGAAUUGGCCCAGGUUACUUUACUGAAAGCUCAAAUCUAUUUGAAGCUCCAUAGUAUUUAGAGAAAGGUGCAACGAUUUCAUUAUACUGAAACCUUUCAUCUGUUCAGACAUAUUGAAGCUUUAUCACAAGUAACUGUUGGUGAUGAGUUUUACGAUAUAUGUUCAAUUUUAGAAAAGUUUUCCUUUAAGAGACAUAAGAACUCGAGGUUAUAACAAUACAGUUGCGUAAUUUUUUGUUGGCGUUAUCUAGAUUAUUCUUUUUAAAGCCAAGUUCACGUCAUUGGACAUCAACGACAUGAAAAUACCUUGUGAUAUGCCAAAGAAAGGUAGAGCGGAGGAU